CUGACUUAUUAUUUCUCUUUUCUGUCAUGCUGACUCUCUUCUCUCUCGACAAAAGCAAUAAAGAAGCAGCGAUCAGCAGAGAAUGAAGACAAACACUUUCAAGAAGGAUUUUUGAGACAUUUGUUUCUGAACAGAGAGCAGAUCAUUGUGAUUCUCAAGGUGAUUCGUUUUUAAAACCGUUGUUCAGAAAGUGGAAGUAAAGUUUGUGUUGCUGGAGCUCAAACGGUGAAAAUGGCUUCACUAAAUGUGUCUGCAGAAGAGCUUUCUUGUCCCGUGUGCUGUGACAUCUUCAAGGCUCCUGUUGUUUUAUCAUGUAGUCACAGUGUCUGUAAAGAGUGUCUUCAACAGUUCUGGAGAACCAAGAAAACUCAGGAGUGUCCUGUCUGCAGGAGAAGAUCCUCAAAACAAAAUCCUCCAUAUGAUCUGGCGUUAAAAAACUUGUGCGAGUCAAUCCUGACGGAGAGAAAUGAGACACGUUCAUCAGGAUCUGAGGAGAUAUGCAGUUUACACAGUGAGAAACUCAAACUCUUCUGCCUGGAGGACAAACAGCCUGUGUGUAUAGUGUGCUCUACCUCACAGCAACACGACAAUCACACAGUCAGACCCAUCAGUGAAGUGGUUUCAUCAUAUAAGGAGGAGUUCAAUACAGCACUGAAGUCCUUACAAGAGAAACUGAAACACAAUGAAAACAUUAAAGGAGAGUUUGAGAAAACAGUUCAACACAUCAAGGCUCAAGCUGAGCACACAGAGCGUCAGAUUAAACAGCAGUUUGAGAAGCUUCAUCAGUUUCUCAGAGAUGAAGAAGAAGCUACAGUCACUGCACUGAGGGAGGAAGAGGAGCAGAAGAAGCAGAGGAUGAAGGAGAAGCUGGAGGAGAUGAACACACACAUCUCAGCUCUUUCACACACACUCAAAGACAUGGAGGAGAUGAUGAAAGCCAGUGACGUCUGCUUUCUGAAGGAGUUUCCAGUCUCAAUGGAAAGAGUCCAGAGCUCACGGCCGGAUCCACAGAUGGCUUCUGGAGCUUUGAUUCAUGUGCCACGAUACUUGGGCAACCUGCCGUUCAGAGUCUGGAAGAAGAUGCAGGACAUCGUCCAAAACACUCCUGUGAUUCUGGAUCCAAACACUGCAGAUCCACGUCUCGUCCUGUCUGAUGAUCUGACCAGUGUGAGAUACAGCGGGAGCAAACAAACUCUUCCUGAUAAUCCAGAGAGAUUUGACGGGUAUCCCUGUAUUCUGGGUUCAGAGGGUUUUAACUCAGGAACACACUGUUGGGAUGUGGAGAUUAAAGAGUGUUCAUGGUGGAGUCUUGGAGUAACUACACCAUCAAACCGGAGGAAGGGAGGAGGUUUCUUCAACACUGAUGUCUGGAGUGUGUCGUACGGAUGGACUCCAGGUUCUAGUUUUCGUGUUAAACAGAAGCUUAAUCGUGUGAGAGUGAAUCUGGACUAUGACGGAGGAACGGUGUCGUUCUCUGAAUCUGUAACUAACACACAUCUACACACAUUCACAACCACCUUCACUCACACACUCUUUCCAUUCUUCUGUUGUUAUCUUGGCUCUGUGAGGAUCUUACCGGUCAAUACUCAGUAAAGUUACUCCUGUAGAUCUGGAUCUUCCUGCUCUUAUCAUGUUUCCAAUAUUUAACCCAUAUCUCAUGAGUAAGAGUGCUGUAGAUCUGAGUAUCAGUACGGCUGCUGUGAUUGGGCCGUGAUGAUCACAUGACUGAUAUCCAGCACUACACACACACACACACACACUCUCAUGUUGCUUUAACAGAUCAAUAAACAACAGUGAAGUUUGUCACUUUGCUCAUUUUCACAUAAUUAUAUAAUAUUUUUCUUCUUCUAGAAACUGAGGCUAAUUCUACACAUGCACAGUUUCAAUGAAUUUGUAAAUGAAUAAUUGUUUAUUUCAGUUUAAAUGAUCGCUUGCUCACUUAAGUACACACAU